AUGUCAAACACGGCGGCUACUGCUUCUAGUGCUGGUAGUGCUGCUAGCGGUGGAACUACUGCAUCAACUGGUGCGGCCACAACAUUUGUCGACCGCAUCGACCCAUUCACAAAGAUAUCUGUAUUAAAACGCAAAACGAAGCGUUCACAGGGCUCAUCGUCUUCUUCUAGAUACCGUACGUGUUCAGACGUCGAAUUACAGCCUUUACCGUUGUUAAAGGAUGUAACUGCUCAGGAACAAGAAGAGUUAAUGAUAAGAAAACUCCGACAGUGUUCAGUACCUUUUGAUUUUAUGGAUCCCAUGGCGGAACUCAAGGGCAAGGAAAUAAAGCGUGAUACACUAAACGAACUGGUUGAUUAUGUAUCAACAUCACGGGGUGUAUUGACAGAAAAUAUGUAUCCAGAAAUCAUUAAAAUGAUUUCUUCAAAUUUAUUCAGAACACUACCACCCAGUGAUAAUCCAGAUUUUGAUCCUGAAGAAGAUGAUCCUACAUUAGAAGCAUCAUGGCCUCAUUUAACACUUGUUUAUGAAUUGUUUUUACGCUUUUUGGAAUCACCAGACUUUCAACCAGCUAUUGGCAAAAAAGUCAUUGAUCAGAAAUUUGUGUUGCAGCUCCUUGAAUUAUUUGAUACGGAGGACCCACGGGAGAGAGACUUCCUCAAGACUGUGUUGCAUCGCAUUUAUGGAAAAUUCCUGGGCUUGCGUGCUUUUAUUCGCAAGCAAAUCAACAAUAUAUUUUUAAGGUUCAUUUAUGAAACGGAACAUUUCAAUGGUGUUGGUGAACUAUUAGAAAUACUAGGAAGCAUCAUCAAUGGGUUUGCACUUCCCCUGAAAAACGAACACAAGCAGUUCCUGGUUAAAGUGCUCAUACCUCUGCACAAAGUCAAAUGCUUAAGUCUCUACCAUGCACAAUUAGCAUAUUGUGUAGUUCAAUUUAUUGAAAAGGAUAGCUCUUUAACUGAAUCUGUCAUUCGAGGACUACUCAAAUAUUGGCCAAAAACUUGUAGCCUAAAAGAGGUUAUGUUUCUCGGUGAAAUGGAAGAAAUACUCGAUGUUGUUGAACCAUUACAAUUUCAAAAAAUUGAAACUCAUCUAUUUAAACAAAUCGCUCGUUGCGUAUCCAGUGCUCAUUUUCAGGUUGCCGAACGAGCGUUAUAUUUGUGGAACAACGAAUACAUUAUGAGUCUGAUAGAAGAAAAUAACCAGACAAUCAUGCCAAUCAUGUUUCCAGCGCUAUACCGUAUCAGUAAGGAACAUUGGAAUCAAACCAUUGUAGCAUUAGUUUAUAAUGUACUGAAAACGUUCAUGGAAAUGAAUAGUCAACUUUUCGACGAAUUAACUGCUAAUUAUAAAGCAGAACGACAAAAAGAGAAGAAAAAGGAAACUGAACGUGAAGAGUUAUGGAAACGAUUGGGACAACUUGAAAUAUCAUCUAGUGGCCGUGGUAAACCAUCUGCAGCAUCACUAAUAUCAGUAGAUAAUAACAACAAGACUAGUAGUAACAAUAGUUUGGAUUCUGUGCAAACAGCAGUAACAACAGCAACUGCACCAAUAGCAGCAGCACCAAUAGCAGCAUCUCCAAUUGCAGCGCAACAACAGUAGUAGGAGUGGAAGUAGCAGCGAUAAUAAUUAUUUUUCAUUCAAUAUACACAUGUGUCCAUGUGUAUGUAUAAUCUAUAUAUUUAUUUAUAUACACAGACAUACACAUGUAUGCUUAUAGUUGUAUACAAUUAACGAUCAAAACGUUAAGAUUUAAUGUGGUGGAAUUUUAAAUUAAUACAAUGAAAGUACAAUGUUGUUAUCGGUGCACACGUACUGCUGUGGUGUGUUUGUAUGUGUAUAUUUUAUUUUCAAUAGUAUUUGUAUGGUAAUAUAUGAUUACAUAUGCUCCACAUUAAAAUAAUGUUUUACAAAAAAAAAAUAUCAUUUGAGGAAAGAAAUUAUGGGGAAUGCUAAUAAUAGUAGAAUACGACACAACUGAAUGUUCUGUGAAUAUUUAUUUUAUGUGUGUGAGAAUUUGAUGAAGAAAGAAAUAUUGGCGAAAUUAAAUAUGUGAUGUAAAACAUGUUUACAUGCAUGUUCUUAUUUUUAUUAAAUGUAUAUUAUGUGAAUUGUUUGAUAUUAUGUACUCAAAAAUGUGAUGUUAUCAUUGCUAUUAUUCUAUUGAUUUGAUAUAAUCACAAUAACAAUCAACACACGUGUAAACGCGUAUAACUAAUGCAAAAUGUGGCGUUAUAAAAAUUUUAAUUUUCUAAUUUUUAAUGUAAAUUAAAUUAGAUUUAACCCUCUUCCCCUGUGUAAGCGUGUGCGUGUGUAAAUAAUAUUAGAUUAAUUAAAUAUUAAAAAUUGUUAUUUUUUAAUAAUUAUAUAUAUAUAAAUAUAUUAUAUAAUAUAUAAUGUAAACAUUCUUAACUGUUAGCAAUAGUAGUAGUAGAACUGGUAGUAGUAGUAGUAGUAAUAAUAAUAUUAAUAGUUGUAUUAUUAGUAGGAGUUUAACAAUAUUCUUAAUAAUAAAAUACAUAAGGUACCAAUCUCACACAUACUGAUCUGUAAAUAAUUUUUAAUAAUUGAAAAAAUCAUUAAUCAGUUUUUUUUUUGAUGAUGGUGUUGCAUCAUUUCUAUCAUUAUGAUACGAUUAUCAUUACCGUUGUCCAUCAUACCUCCACUGAUAUUACUAAUUUUUGUUUUCUAUUGUCGUUGUUUCUUUUAUAACAUAAUUUUUUAAAAUUGUUUUAAAGAUAAAAUAUGUUUUAGUCAUGUCAUUACCGAUGCUUUAACCUUAAAUAUUAGCUACUAUAAUACAUAUGCUACUGCUACUACUACUACUGCUACUACUACUAUUACUACUACUAUUAUUAUUAUUAUUAUUAUUAAUAAUUAUAAAUAUUAUACGUAUAUUAACUGUAUGAAUGUUUCAUUUCUCGCGCGCGUGUUAGUCUUUAUAUAGUUUGUAAAUCAAUAUUAUAACGAAAUUAUUAUUAUUUGUUGUCGUUAAUGCGUGAGCGCUCGCGAGAGUUAUAAUAUUCUGAUAUAUAUAUAUAUAUAUAUAUAUAUAUAUGUUUAUGUACAAAACU